UUUAACCUUGUUCUUUCUGGGCUGUGAAGCGCGUAAACUGUCUUUUGAUCCUGUAGGGGUGAACGGGGCCAAAAACACAAAUUAAGGGCAUAACGCGGUCACUGAUGCAGCAGAAACCUCUGAAAGCGGAUAAAAAGGCAACAAUUUGAAGAAUCGUUCAUGUCGGAAGCACAACAGUUACACAGCACAGGUCUCUUCCCAACAGGGGUCCCGUGAUCAACAUGUGCAUUUGUCCCGAGAGAAAAGUGAUGAUGUUUCUGGCUGGAUGCAAGAAUCUAAGAGAAUCGAUGCCAAAUUCCAACAUGAGCCUCCAUAUGGUUGUACAGUGAGUGCGGUCGAGGUCGGUCAGGGAGUACAGUAGCAGACGGAGGCGUGCUCAUCACCCGCAUGUGACCCGCUGCAGGGAGAAACAGGUGGAUGCGGGUCAGACUGGAGACGGAAAGCGCACGGAGCAUCUUGUGUCAGAGUCCGUUUUGGAUUCCUCCAUCAGAUCAAGAUCAAGUGACUUUAUAAGUUGGACGGCCUCAUCCCAGCAUUCGAAUGCAUUUGUCACUGGACACCAUGAACAUGGUGGAUGACAGCUGUCUUUCGCCCAGUAACUUCCAUGAGAUGGUCAAAGCAGGGGGUGCGGCGGCGGUGGGUGCCCGUGUCCACAGCAUAGAUGUCAUCUUGGGCUUCAACAAAGACCAGGAUCCGUUGCUCAACCCUGGAGGCAAUGUGGUAACACACAAAGUUGGAGGGGAGAGUCUUGGAGAACUAGGGAAGCAUGACCAGCGGGUACAACCCUACGGACACCUGCCAACCCUCAGGGAUGGAUCGGAACAACCAGCGUUUCACGACACUGACAUAUUCUCCAACAAGUGUGACGGGGACUUGGGUGACCUGCGGAAGUCCAUCGAGAGUGACAGCAAGUCUCCGGACUCUGCCGAUGGGGAGCAACCCAAGAAAAAGCACCGCCGCAACCGCACCACCUUCACUACCUACCAGCUCCACGAGCUUGAGCGAGCCUUCGAAAAGUCCCACUACCCUGACGUUUACAGUCGAGAGGAGCUGGCCAUGAAAGUCAACCUCCCUGAAGUUCGAGUGCAGGUUUGGUUCCAGAAUCGCAGAGCCAAAUGGAGGCGACAGGAGAAAAUAGACGCCAGCACUAUGAAGCUACAUGACUCCCCCAUGCUCUCCUUCAACCGCCCGCCAAUGCACCCCACCGUGGGGCCCAUGAACAACUCACUGCCCCUUGACCCUUGGCUGCCCUCCCCUCUAUCCAGUGCCACUCCAGUGCACAGCAUCCCAGGGUUCAUGGGUCCUACACAAGGACUGCAAGCGGGCUAUGCCAGUCAUGGUUUUCUCAGUCCACCCCAAACAAUGGCCCAAAGCAUGCAGCCUAUGGCACCGCCUCCAUACCAGUGCCCUCCUCCCUUCACUGACAAAUACCCUCUGGAGGACGUAGACCAGCGCAGUUCAAGCAUUGCCGCUCUGAGGAUGAAAGCUAAGGAACACAUCCAGUCCAUGGACAAAACCUGGCAACCCAUGUGCUAAAACAUCUUUGACUACAGGCCUUCAUAUUUCUUGGUUAAUAAUCGGUACUGAAGGCUACUCAAGAAUGAUGUUUCUUGUCUAUUCCCAGGCCAGAAAAUGUUGAGGCAGAAAAAUGAGUUGUGUGCCAUUUUAUUUAUUUUUUCGCAACUGGAUAUAACAACUGCUGAGUCUGGAUGAAGAAAAAAAAUGUUUGGCAUGUUCCAUAUAUAUAUGUAUAUAUAUAUAUAUAUUCAUAAGGCACACAUUGACAUGUUUGUCUUUUACUGUCCCAACAUGGUUUUGGAGAGGUUUCUAAAACCAGGUUUCUAUAAGAGUUACUGAAAUGUGAAUAUGAGGGUGUGUUUGCAUCACAUGACCUCUGUCUGCAAAUUCACACUUCCUCCUGAAGGACUGGUCCAGAUGUUUUGGGUUGAAACAAGAUAAACAUGGUCAGUGGUUAGAAAAGACCUCUUACACAGGCAGCUGAUUUCAUCAAAACCCCCCAAAGGCAACGGACAGAAAUGAUUGGUUCUGGGGGAAAAGUUUGUAUGCCUCAGUGUUCAUUAGAGGUAAAUGCUUAUUGGCAGACCCAUCUCCUGUACGUGCAGAGGAGCAGAAGGGGAAAAUAUCUGCAUUCAACCCAUCACGACUCACCCUUUGUUUGGGCCAGUUGAUCCGAGUCUGAUCUUUUUGUUUCAGCUUCUUUAGAGGGAAAGAGAUCAGAGACUGUCAUUCUAAGACACCAAUCGAAAUCAAAAGGUUUUUUUUUUUAAGAUAAAACACCAUCAUUGUGCUUUAAGUGUCAUUUUAUGAUGACUCAAAGAAUUAACCUUCUAAACAGACCUGGCUUCAAAGGACCAAUGUCAAGUCCCACAAACACGCAAGUGGGAUUCGCUGCUUAUUUUUAAAAGGAAACUCACUCAGUUCAUGUUGCCAGAGUUUUUCUAGCAAUAAAUAAUGUGUAGUUGUGGAAUUAACCUAGAUAUUGACUCCUGUCAGGAAAAGUAUUAAACUUUCAGGAUGAUUGCAUUAUUCAUUUGAACAAACUAUGCUUACUAAUAAUGUUUUAAGAUUAGCUGUGUAAGGAUGUCAAGGAUGAAGAGUUUGUAGAUGUUAUGAAUACAUACAGUUGAUUAAACUGUAUAAGUCAGUUGUUUUUAUGUUGACUGUAGCUUCCCACAGUUCUGUUAUGGGGCCCUUUGGGCCAAACAUUAGUUUACAAACUGAAUCUAUGACGUUUAGAUGACUUGCACAGUUUGAACAACUGAAAAGCCAAAGUUAGACAGCAAUAUGACAAUCAUGGGUAAUUGCUAUGAGUGUGUAUGUGUGUAUGAUGUUAUUUUUUUGUCUGGUUUCUAUGUUUGUAAUGUGUCCUAGAUGUUUUCACGAUUACCUUUGA